AUGCCUACGCCUUUGGAUUCUAAAUCCGAGGCCAUGGUAGGUCAGAACCAUCCCGGGAUAGAAAGAUCAGUGACAAGAGAAAGCACCGACCCACCUGAUGGGAAUAAUGGACGCGUAGCAGCGCUGACAGAGCCAGAGAAAAACGCGAAUCUCACCUCCCAAGGUAACACUGCGCCCGAAUCGUCAAUCGGAAAUGAUAUCUCGAAAUAUCUCAACGGCACUUUCAAGUCCUUCUCCCACAGAGCCUUCAAAGCAUAG